GGAAUAUUCCAGCGGGUUUGUUCGUGCGCUUUAAAAGGACGCGCGCUGAAUAAAGAUUAACGCUUCGCUCCACAACCAAACCCGAGAUUUACGCACGUCUUUUCUUGGUUUUUGUGAUUCUGGAGGUCCUAUCAGAUGUGUUGCUGUGAGCUAUAACGCAGAGGCAAACAUGAUCCUCCUGACUUCCUCCUCUGAUUUCUUCCAGUGCACCAACAAGUUCUUUCUGAGUGAACAGGCUGCAGGGAUCCAGCUCAAAGAGUUUGCACGUAAAAAUGCAGCAAAUGCACUGUCAGUUACCAACAUGGUCAUGGGCAUGGCCUCCAUUCUCAGCAGUCUUAACGGACACCAUCAUGCUGCUUGUUGGCUGGUUCUUACUGGCUACCUGCUGGAUUUGGCAGAUGGAGCAGUUGCCAGGCGACUUGAUGCCUGCUCAGCACUGGGUGAAAAACUCGAUGAUUUUGCUGAUUUCACCACCUUUGGAAUCGCCACAUCAUUGCUACUGAGGACAACGGACUUGCUGGGCGACAUCAUGUGCAUGUGUUACGUCCUGUCCGUCUUUGUGCGCCUCUGUUUUCUUCUCAAGCGGCUAUUCUGUGAUUGUUCUGCAGGGAUUCCAUUCAUGUACCGUGGUCUGCCAUGUGUCUACUCCUCUGCAAUCCUGGCCAGUGCCUCUCUGCUGUCAGGGGGCAACAUGGCUGUGCUACAGGUCAUCAAGGUGGCCAUGAUCCUCUUCAUGAUCACUGAGACUUUCUAUCCCCAUGACAGGGUCCUGGAGUCUCAGGCCUGGAAAAAAGUGGUUUAUGCUGGAGGUGUGGUCAUGGUGUUCUGCUCAUCCUUCCCUCCUGCGUGCGUCUACUACCUGCUUUGGUCUGUCUCCUACGUUUUGUUCCCGACAUCUCUUUGGAACAGAAAAGUCUAAACUCUCAUCAAAACUGUUUGGCUUUAGCCCAUUUGGUGACGUGAGGCUUUCAGACUGCUGCUGCCACCCUACGGUCCCGGAGGAUCUCAGCUGAACAUAACAACAGCACCUUGCUCUGUUUAACACUUUCUUUGAAUUGGAACCUCAAAAAACACUGGAUCAGAAAGAAAUGGAGCAAAGGAUAAGAACAUUUAAU